GUCAACUUUGGUUUUGCCCCUCCGCGUCGAUCCGUCGCGAUGUUGAGCCGCUUCUCCUUGGCCCGUACGAUGGCGGGCUUGUCAAUCGCCCCCAAGGCGUCAGCUAUCCUUCCUGCUGGAGUACAAACCAUGUUUUCGUCGUCGCGUUUCAUGUCGACGGAAGCAGCUGAGGAGAUUGCGUUGCCUUCAAUCGAAGACGCCGUAGAGUUUCGAUCGGUCAAGACUGUGAAGAAGGAAAUUCGUGUGAGUCCUCGCAAGCUGUCCAUGCUGGCUCAACAGAUCCGUGGCCUCACGGCCCCUGAAGCAUUGGUCCAGAUGCAAUUCUCGCCCAAGCGCAAGUCGACGAUUGUAAAGAAGACAAUCCAAAACGCUGUCAACUUGGCCGACAUUUACUACGGCAUUGAACCCAGCGCGUUGAAGAUCGAACAAGCCUUCGUUACCAAGGGCAUGUUCUUGAAGCGAGUUAAGUUCAUGGGGCGAGGGAACACUGGUAUCAAGCAUCGAGGGCACAGUCAUUUGACCAUCAUUUUGCGCGAAUUCGACCCGGCAACUGUUCCCAUCAGCAAGUCCAAAGCUCGCAAGCUCGCGUACAAGGAGGCUGCUGCCAAGAAGACCGCUUCUGUUGCCGAAUCCACCGCGACUGAAACCGCAUAAGCCAGGCAUCCCAUGUUCAAUAUACGCUAGCUAGUCCUA